AUGGCCCGCAUCAGCAACACCAUCGUCACGAUAUUGAACAUUGUCUCCACCAUCUUAGCCAUUGUCGCCAUCGGCGGGUCCGCAAAGUUAAUGGUGCACAGCAGCACGGAAUGCCAAAAGUCCCUACAAAGCCCUCUCCUGAUGACGGGUGCCGUCCUGCUGGUCGUUUCUUUGAUCGGGCUCAUCGGGUCGUGCGGGCGGAGCAAUUUCUUCCUGUACACGUACUUGAUCUUGCUGUUCCUGUCCAUCCUAGCGCUCAUUGCCUUCACGGUGUUAGCAUUCCUCGUGACAAACGAAAGCGCGGGGAAGGCGGUCUCGGGGCGGGGGUUCAAGGAGUACCGGUUGGGGGACUACUCGAAUUGGAUGCAGAAGCAUCUGGUGAAUGGGGAGAAAUGGAAUGAGAUCCGAAGCUGCUUGGCCGAUGCCAACAUUUGUAGGAGGCUCAGCGAAGGCGCUCAUCAGAGCGAGGUGGAAUUUUCCAAGCAGAACUUGUCACCCAUUCAGUCUGGUUGCUGCAAGCCACCGACUUAUUGCGGUUUCGAAUUCAAGAAUGCGACCUAUUGGACUGUUCCGAAAUCGGGCCCGGCAGUGCCCGACUCCGAUUGUUUGACAUGGAGCAACGACCAGGAAACCUUGUGCUACGACUGCAAAUCAUGCAAAGGAGGAUUCCUAGCCAAUGGCAGAAUGGAAUGGAGAAAUUUGCUGAUAUGCAAUGUCCUUCUCCUCAUCAUUUUCAUGGUCGUCUACAGCGUCGGAUGCUGCGCUACCAGGAACAAUCGCACGGAUCGCGGAUAUGCCAAGUACCGAGGCUACCCUUGA